AUGUUCGGGCCACGCCGUCCUCGUCGUCGUCGUCGCCCACGAGGCAUCCGCCAUGGAGAAGAAGACUACUGGAACCCCGACAUCGCAGCGCUCGUUCCCGGACGACAAUCAGGCUACUAUGGCCAUGGAGAUCUCGGAGAAAUGACAGGCCCGGAAUUCUACCUUGAUCCCCUCACGGGACGAGUCAACACGGGACAUAACCAUGAUUUCACGCCCAGGAGCCGCACCCGAGGAGGCAACCGCAAUCGCUCUAGGGGGUGGAGUAUCAAUGAGAACACUACAGAAAACAUCACCGACGGCAGGGUCGCUAGUUCAAGACGUCCAAUGGGUGAAGGUGUGGGUAUUCGUCAGAUCCGACGUCCCGCUGGAGUUGUAGACAUCCAUAUCGGCGGCGAAUUCGAUGGCUUCGCCAGUCCGGGCGGAUUUGGGGGGAGACGGCUUCGAGUCCGGGGACGUGGUGGUCAUGGCGCAAGAUCCCGUGGUGGAUUCGGCGGUAUGCCUGGCGGCGGGUUUGAUUGCUUCGGCCCCGACUGUGACGACGACCCGUUCCUAGACAUGUUCGACGACCUCGAUCUCUCGGACUAUUCGGACGAUUUUGGUGGCGGCGGCACUUCUGGGGCUUGGGGCGAAGAUCCCUAUAGUGGAACGAGAGGACCAGGCCGCGUUGGACGAGGAGGUGCUGGAGCGUCGCGACAUGGUGGCGGCGAAUCCGAUGAUGAUUGCGAUGAUGAAAACGAAGACGGAGUGGCGGGCGGGCAUGAAAGUCGUCGAGGGGCCGGCGACCAUCAACUCGUGGUUCGUGGGCCUGGUCGUCGACGGUGGUGA